CUUGCACAGUAAUCUUUACAAAAUGGCGACUGUUGUUGUUUUGCCGCAGGGUCAGUGAAUAAAUCCGUUUUUCAUUUCAGUAAUUUUCUGCACCCCCUCGCAGAAACAGCACUAAAAACCCCAGGCGUCCCAAGGGUCGGCUCCGUGUGGACUGAGAUGAAAGGUAAAGAGCGGUCGCCGAUUAAAAAACGCUCCCGGGCCUUGGACGAUAUUCGAGACAGGGGAGGAUGCCACCCGACCAGCAAGAAAAUGGGGGCUCUCUCUGUUUCCAGUGGGAGUAAUAAUGGAAAUAGCUCGACCAAAAGCGACGGUGGCUCGACGAGAAGGAGUCUGCUCGGUGAUAAAAGAGACAGAGAUUUCGACGGGCACGGCCGGACAGGAAAUAAUCACAGUUGUCAGUCUGCUGCCGCGAGCUCCGUCGGCAAAAACCACAACCUGAGCCUGACGCUGGAUUUAGCCUCACCAAGGACCACUUCACGGGGGGAGCCGCGGGUGCAGCCGCCCAGCACCGAGAGUGAGUACAAAACCCUCAAAAUAAGCGACCUCGGCACCCAGCUGAGCGACGAAGACAUUGAGGAUGGACUCUUUCAUGAAUUUAAAAAAUUCGGGGAUGUGAGCGUAAAGAUAAGCCGUAGCAACGACGAGCGGAUAGCGUUUGUGAAUUUCAGGAAGCCGGAGGACGCCAGAGCUGCUAAACACGCGAGGGGACGGCUGGUGCUGUACGACCGGCCGCUAAAAAUCGAGGCAGUGUACAUCAACAGGAGGAGAAGCCGCUCCCCUGUGGAGAGAGACUUGUACGGUGCAGCUCAAAGCCAUAGACAUUUACAGAGACCCCUCUCGCCCACCGGGCUUGGAUACAGAGACUACCGGCUGCAGCAGCUGGCCCUGGGACGGCUCCCCCCGCCCCCGCCGCCCCCUCUGCCCAGGGAACUGGAGCGGGACAGAGAGUUUGCACUGUUUGAAGCCAGGGCACGUCCUGCUUUCAUUGCAGAGCGAGCAGCUUUUCGUGAGGAGGAUUUUAUAUCUCCAGAAGAUGACCAAAGAGCUAAUAGGACGUUGUUUUUAGGCAAUCUGGACAUAACUGUUACAGAAGCAGACCUGAGGAGAGCCUUUGACAGGUUUGGGGUCAUAACGGAAGUGGACAUUAAGAGACCCACACGGGGACAAACCAGCACAUACGGAUUUCUGAAAUUUGAGAAUCUUGACAUGGCCCACCGUGCUAAGCUUAGUAUGUCUGGCAAAAUAGUAGGCCACAACCCUAUAAAGAUAGGCUAUGGGAAAGCAACUCCCACUACACGCCUGUGGGUGGGUGGACUUGGACCCUGGGUUCCUGUGGCUGCCCUGGCAAGAGAGUUUGAUCGCUUUGGCACAAUAAGGACCAUUGACUAUAGAAAGGGGGACACUUGGGCCUACAUUCAGUAUGAAAGUUUGGACGCUGCACAAGCAGCAUGCACACACAUGAGGGGCUUCCCGCUGGGAGGUCCUGAGAGGAGACUCAGGGUGGACUUUGCUGACACAGAGCAUCGCUACCAGCAGCAGUUCCUGCAGCCUCUCCCAAUACCACCGUUUGACAUGGUGGCGGAGUCAUUUGUCCACCGUGCCACACCUGAACCUCUGAGGGUCAGGGAACGGACUCCACCGCCGCUUCACUUUAGGGAGAGAGAGCUGUUUCCUGGAACUGAGUGGCCCAACCCAGCUAUUCGUGAGCGGGUACGCGCCUCACCCUUUGAACCCCUUGAGCACUUGGAGCGUGAGCGGCGAGUCAGAGAGCCCUGGUCUUUGGAACGAGAGCUUCAGGGACGAGAACCUGCUCGCAAACGCCGUUUAAUGGAGGACGGACGCCACAUAGACCACUCUCCUGACAGCACUGAGAGGACAGUACGGCGUAGACGUGCUUCUCCAGAUGGCAGUCCUGGAGGUAGCAGCAGAGAUGGAGGGCGCUUCAGUGACUCAGAGCGCCCUCUUCGGGGCGAGAGACCCUCUCCUGUACGAGAACGCCACAGCAGCCUCGAAAGAGGUGGGGCUGAACGGAGACUUAAAAGCCAGAGUCUCUCUGACAAGGGACCUUCAAGCAGUGGCAUUUCAGCAGUUGGAGAGCGAAAGCGCAAAGCAGGCGAUGGUGGUAAGGGGCCGGCCAAGAGAGAACGUUCUGAGGGCAGUUCCAAGGGAGGCCAGCCGUCCAAACAAGACGGCACCAAACUAAGUCUGGCCUGGCAAGGUAUGCUGCUGCUCAAGAACAGCAACUUCCCAGCCAACAUGCACCUGCUGGAGGGCGACCACAACGUAGCCAGCGACCUGCUUGUCGAGGGCACAACAGGGAGGCAGGUGAGCGAACUAAAGAUCACCCAGCGUCUUCGUCUGGACCAGCCCAAGCUUGACGAGGUGUCCCGGCGCAUCAAGGUGGCGGGUCCUGGUGGCUACGCCAUCCUGCUGGCAGUACCUGGGACCACAGAGGAUUCAUCUGCGUCUGACCCUGCAGCUUCAACUCAGCGGCCGCUUCGCAACCUGGUGUCCUACCUCAACCAAAAACAAGCAGCUGGAGUCAUCAGCCUACCUGUGGGAGGGAGCAGAGAUAAAGACAACACAGGGGUGCUUCAUGCUUUCCCUCCCUGUGAUUUCUCCCAGCAGUUCCUGGAUUCUUCUGCCAAAGCUCUGGCUAAAAGUGAAGAGGACUAUCUGGUCAUGAUUGUGGUCCGUGGAGCAUCUUAAAAAAAAAAAAAAAUCAGAACACACUAAGUUCAAAUGGUGUUUAAAAAAAAAAAAAAAAGAAUCUGCUGUAUGUCAGUAACUAUUGCAUGCUGUGUGUUCUGCAUUAUGGGGUACACUAGUAUGGUUCUUGAGUGUUUGUAUGUUGCCAUGUAAUCCACUAAAAGGACAAACAGUGCCCUC